UGGGAGCCGAGAGCAGGGGCGCAUGCAGGCACGCACUCUGAAAACGCAGUAACAACUUAUUCGUGCGCGAAUGAUCGGCGAAUUAUAAAACUCCGGAAUAAAGAAAAGCAUGAAAGCGUGACUGGAUACUGAUUUAACUGGAUUUUUCUCCCUCCAUUCUCUCAUUAGUCCAGAGGUACCAGAUGAGUGUUUUUUAGAAACCGUGGGGCUCGGUGUUGGCCUGCUGCACUGAUGAUCUGAAAUCAGUAACUAGCUCUCCAGUUGCUCUGGUUUCUGUAAACAGCAAUUGGGUGGCUUUUGACCGUGUUUAGGGAGUUUCACCAUCCUGAGCUGUGGAAUAAUAAACAUGACUGUGGCCAACGCAAAGUCUGGCUCAGCCAUGCAACAGGUGCUGGAGAACCUGAGAGACAUGCCAUCAGGUACAGGAGCUAAAGAUAUUGACCUCAUCUUCCUCAGAGGGAUCAUGGAGAGCCCCAUCGUCCGUUCCCUUGCUAAGGCACAUGAGCGUCUGGAGGAAGUUGCGUUACAAGCCGUGCGGGAUGAUAAUGUUCAGCUUGUCACUGAGAUCUUGGAUGCCCUUAACAAUCUGACAGAUAAGGAUUCUGCUGCUGCUGAGCUUGUCAGGAUCCUGCAGGAGCCACACUUCAAGUGUUUGAUAGAAGCUCAUGACAAAGUGGCUGCAAAGUGCUAUGAAACAUCGCAGACUGCAGUUAACAGUAAUUCCAUGAUGACCAGUUCACUGAUGCCAGCUGAUGCUGUCAGGAUGAUUGGCAUCCAGAAGAAAGCUGGGGAACCACUGGGGGUGACAUUCCGCGUGGUGCGAGGAGAGAUGGUGAUAGCCCGGAUCCUGCACGGAAGCUCAAUUGACAGGCAAGGCAUGCUGCACACAGGGGACAUAAUCCGAGAGGUGAAUGGUCGAGAGGUCGGCAGCGACCCCCAUGAGCUCCAGGAGCUGCUGAGGGACUGCAGCGGGAGUAUUACACUCAAGGUCCUGCCAAGCUACAAAGACACACCAGCACCUCCGCAGGUUUAUGUGAAGUCACACUUCAACUACAACCCAGCCACAGAUAACCUGAUUCCUUGUAAAGAGGCGGGUCUGGCCUUCUCCAGAGGAGAUGUGCUUCAUGUAGUCAACAAGGAAGACCCCAAUUGGUGGCAGGCACGGAAAGUUGUUGGUGGAGCCACUGGCCUCAUCCCUAGUCAGGUCUUGGAGGAGAAGAGAAAAGCCUUUGUGAGGAGAGACUGGGACACUUCGGGUACAGGGAUGCUCUGUGGGACUCUGACUGGCAAGAAAAAAAAGAAAAAAAUGAUGUACCUCACUACCAAGAAUGCAGAGUUUGAUCGUUAUGAGCUGCAGACCUAUGAAGAGGUAGCCAGGAUGCCCCCGUUCCAAAGGAAAACGCUGGUUCUGAUUGGAGCUCAGGGAGUUGGGAGGCGGAGCCUAAAGAACAGGCUUAUUGUUGUGAAUCCCCUGAGAUAUGGAACCACUGUCCCAUUUACGUCACGCCGUCCCAGAGAAGAGGAGAAAGAUGGGCAAAACUACUGUUUUGUUACACGGGAAGAGAUGGAGAAGGACAUCAAAGAGAGCCGCUAUCUGGAGCAUGGCGAGUACGAUGGCAACCUUUAUGGAACCAAGAUCGACUCAAUCCAUGAAGUGGUGGCUGCCGGCCGUACCUGUAUCCUAGAUGUUAACCCUCAGGCCCUGAAAGUGUUGAAGACUGCUGAGUUUAUGCCGUUUGUGGUAUUUAUUGCUGCUCCUGAAUUGGACACACUAAGAGCUAUGCACAAAGCUGUGGUAGAUGCUGGACUUACAACCAAACUACUCACGGAGAAUGAUUUAAAGAAGACUGUAGACGAGAGCGCCAGGAUCCGCCGGGCAUACAGCCACUACUUUGACCUGACUAUUGUUAAUGACAAUCUGGACAAAGCCUUUGACAAGCUCCAGGAAGCAGUGGAGCAAUUAAUCAUAGAGCCACAGUGGGUUCCAGUCAGCUGGGUCUACUGAUAUUUUACCCCCCACUGGAGAGAAGCUGCUGUUGGAGCUGCCAGGCUUAGGAUAAAAGGGGAUUCAACACUGUGCUGCACACAAAGUAAGUGUUGGACAUCAAGCCUGUGUGAAUUUGGUCUCACACAAAGUUGCAUCAGAGUCACCUUAACCUGAAUUGCCAGAUUCCUUUCUAGCACACUAUGCAAUUCACAACACAUAGGAAGUGUACUUAUUUAUUGGCAAGUAUUUUUUAAAUGAUAUUUUUUACUCAAAUGGAUUGGAAGAGUACUGGCACUCGUGUCAGAUGCUUUUGAAAACAAACUCAGUUUUAAUGUUACAUCUGUAUGUAAGAUCAGUUAAGUUGUAUUUAUUCUACAUAAAAAUGAGGGCUCGCUCAUUGAAAAGAAUAAUACCUCAGUGUUACAGUUUACAGUACUUAUGCGUCCAGUUUCUCAUCUCAUUCUGUCACUACAGACUUGUCAUUCGUGUAGAAUAGUGUCAUAUAUUUGAGACCUUUUUUCCUCCUGGAGGCAAACAUUUAACUCCUCAGCCAAACUUAAUGAAUGGAAAACGAUUUGCCAGUCACUGUAUGAAGUUGUACAGGAAGAAAAAUAAUCCUGUAGUGUUUACCUAUGGCUCUUUAACUCAAGCACGAAAGAUAUUACAUUAAAUACGCUGACUCUGUGUCAGACAUUUGGAUCAUGUAAAUGUUUCUAUUUGGUGCUGUGUUUGUGUUUUCAAAGAAAGACUUUCCACAGGACUCUCAAACAGGGUACUGCACCUCAGUGAACCAUCCCUUUUGAUGUGAUAUGUACUAAAAUUUAACAGUUUUAAAUAAAAUUCAUAUUUACUUAUAAAAUUAUAUUUUACAAGAUUUCACAUAAGAUGUAUUUUCAGAUGUCAAAUAAAUAACUGGUGUUUUCU